AUGAUCCCGUACUCAAAGCCUUUCCAGCCGCCCAACUCGUUGCAAUACGUCGACAAUGUCUUGAAGACAGGAAAGUUGGCUCAAGGGCCGUAUACACAAAGGUGCGAGGAAUGGCUAGAAGAUAUGAUGCAAGCCGGAAAGGCUUUCCUGGUGACCUCCGGGACGACAGCGCUCGAGAUGGCCGCCAUGGUUAUCGAUAUUCAAGCAGGUGACGAAGUCAUCUUUCCCAGCUAUACAUUCGUGUCCACGGUCAACGCCUUCGUCAGCCGGGGGGCCACGCCUGUGUUUGUCGAUAUCGAGAGGGACACGAUGAACAUGGACGCAAAUCUGGUCGAGGCUGCAAUCUCCGAAAGAACGCGGGCCAUUGUCCCGGUCCACUACGCCGGUAUCUCGUGCGACAUGGACGCACUGAUGGACACUGCGUCCCGUCACAACCUUCUCGUUGUGGAAGAUGCAGCACAGAGCCUCACUUCCAAAUAUCGCGGUGUGUAUUCUGGCACUAUUGGGCACAUCGGCUGCAUCAGCUUCCACGAGACGAAGAACGUCACGUCCGGAGGCCAGGGCGGUGCCGUUUUGAUCAACCGGGACGACUUGGUCGAGAGGGCCGAGGUCGUCUACGACAACGGCACCAACAGAGUCAAAUUCUUCCGCGAAAAGUUGCCCAUGUAUGAGUGGCAGGACAUCGGAUCCAACUAUGACUUUGGAGUAAUCAUCUCCUGCGUAGUUUCCUUCCUCGUGUUCGGUUGGAGUCUGCUUCCUCUAUUACUGGGAUCUUACGAGUACAUUAUCAAAUCAACCUGGCACCUCGAUGCUUCCGCACUUUUGAUCAUCGUUUUAUGCCCAGUGGGGCGUCUGCGAAAAGUUGCCAAUAAACAACUGUCUGUGCUACUUAGUUCUACUAUUUCGAGGUCAUGCUUCCUUCUUGCCUCCGACAACCACGCAUCAGGCGGCAGCAUUGGCACGUAA